AUGGGGCGCCGCGGCUCCUCCGACCGCCUCGAGGCGCUCUCCCUCGAGAUCGAGCGCAAGCUGCAGAAGGCUCUGAUCUCCAACUCACAGCAUCUUCAGAUACUUCAGCAAUUGUUUGCUGACAUUGUAUUGAAGGUGGAUGAUCGUGCUCGAGAUGCGAUUAUGAGUGAGAAUGAUGAUGGCAUUGCUCCAGUAGAUGAACGGGAAGAUGGUUGGCUAUGCUUCUAUGAGAUUCUUGCAAAUCAUUUUGUUAAAGUGCCUGAAAGUGGCAGGCGUAUACUUGAGUUGAUAGUGCAACUCUGGAGCCAGUCCUUCGCGGCCAACAUAUUUGCACUUCUUUUCCACAAAUGGUUGUUCGAAGCCCCUCUUGAUGAAAAGGAAAUAUCGCUACGAUAUAGCUCUGCUCUUGUUCAAGGUGCUACAAAUGUAUUUUGGAUUGACAUACAGACAAAUACAAGACAUUUUCUCUCUUUGUAUCAUUAUCUCCUUGAGGAUGUUGCUCUAGUCCCUGACCGACUUACUAAAAUAUCAUUACAGGCUGGUAGAGACCUUUUCCUUCUGCUCUCUAGAUUCAUGUUCUUCUAUGAUCAAGAUCCCUUGCUUUCUAGUUUCCUAGAGCAUUUCCCCAACAACAACAAAGCCUUUAAGUCUCAAACAAGUUGGGGUUUCCUAGAGCAUUUCCCCACUUUUCCAAAUUCCUUCUUGGUUGGUGGACCAGCAGAUUACUUUGUAAUUGAACUCACUGAUCUGCUUCAAAAGCUAAAAAUUGAGCCAGUACUACUGCACUACCUCUCCCGCAUGAGCAUACUUCAAGGGCUGGAACUGAGAUUGAGUACAAGCACCAGAUUAAAGGCCUGCCUCUACAGCUUCACUUCUCCUGGUGGCCCUACGUACCCAACACGUGCGGUGCGGCAUGCAGCCUGGAAUACAUUGGAUUUGCUGUUCCCUGUUGAUGGAAGCGAUGAUAGCCUCGACCUCAACCUUCUCGCUGCAUGCCUGGGGAGAGAGUCGCGGCACCAGGAUGGUCGCAAGGCCGCGAAUGCAUACUUCCCUGACUGA